GGCAAUGUGGCCAAUAGGGUUAUCAAGGAGUUCUGGCGCCACUUCAAACUAGAGGAUGGAAUUGACCAGGACUAUGCCGACACCGUGGUUGCCGCGUCUGCAAGGACGCGCGUCAGUGAGAUGCACUACGACGUGCGCGUCCAGACCGUCAUCAACUACUAUGCGACGAGGCUUGGACAGAGGAAGACCAAGGCGGAGGCAAGGGAAAUAGAUUUGACCCGUGAGCAGUACAUGGAUGAAGAGAUGAGGGCCUGGUGGUGCGCUAACUGUCCUGACGCCUGGGAGGCGAUGGUGGACAAGUGGCUGGACCCCGUGUUUCGUGAGGCGCACAGGGCGGGCCAGGAAAGGCGUCGACGUAUGCCUGGUGUAGCACACCAUCAGGGGAACCGCAGCCUCUCUGGAUACGCACAAGCAUGGUCGGCGGCACACGGGGGACAGCCUUGCUCCUUGUUCGCCGCGUAUGGCAUGUCCCACAAGGGCCCGCGUGGAUGA